UAUGUAUCGUGCUCGAGACUGUUAAACAUACGAUAGGUCGAGUUUGUCAACACAUCACUGACAAUCUAUCGGCAGGGCGACAAAAAACAUUUGUUUUUGUUUUCUCACUUAAAAAUAUAUCCUUUCAGAGAUAAUUGCAAGUCAUGGCAACGGAAAUUACGACAAAAGCGCGAUUAGAGAGACUAAUAGAGGCAAAAAAGGAACUGGAAGCACAAAUCAAUAAAAAUGGAGAAAUCUUGGCUGCGAACGGAAAUGUCGGCAUGAACGGUCCACUUGUUGAUGCUGAGGGUUUCCCGCGCAAUGACAUUGACAUCUACCAGGUACGGCAAGCACGUCAGACGAUCAUUUGUUUGCAAAAUGAUCAUGCUCAACUGUUGGACCAAAUACACGAUCUGCUUAACCAAUAUCAUGCCGAGAUAGCUACCACAGAUCCCGAGCUGAUCAAUCGUGCCUCUGCCUUAGAAUUAAGCAAUGGUCGGAAGCACGGCGGAUCAGUGUUACUUCCACUAAAUGCACGGCCGCUAGUUGUAGUCAAUCUUGUUAGCCCCAAUUCGCCAGCCGAGGAAGCGGGCUUGCGCGUGGGCGACAAAAUAUUGCGUUUUGGUUCCAUCAACGAAACUAACUUUAAGAAUAGCCUUGAACAAAUCGGCGAAGUUGUGCGCAAUAUGCAAAAUCAAAAUGUCCAAUUAAAGGUUAAGCGCGCAGAGCAAUUCCUUGACAUGGUACUGGUGCCAAAGACUUGGGUCGGUCGCGGCCUGCUGGGAUGCAAUAUUGUGCUGCCGCCAGCGGAGCUAAUGGAUCAUUAGCAUUAACAUUAAUUAGUUUAUAGAAUUUUUAAGCUUUCACCUGUUUUCAGAGUUUAAAUUUAAGAAAUGGAUUUUCAAGCGUUGCAAACCAUUAAAGUUGCAUUUUUGGCCCAAAAAGCUAAAUCAAUUUGUCACUUCAAUUUUGCC